AUGACAACUCCUCCCGAUCCCGCCCUCUUAGCGACAACCAACGACUCGCUCGCGCCUCUCAUCCCCAUCCUCAAUGGUUUCGCUCAUCGUCACAAGAACCAGCACUCUUCCACGCACUGGUGGUCCUCCUUCUCUAUACUACGCCGCGCAGUCCGCAACCUCGUCAACGACCUCAACUCACGGCCUAGAAAGGUCAAAUCUGGCGGUGUCAAGCGUGAUGUCCAUCCCGCUCUUGCGCGCGCAAAAUGGAUGAUGCGCCAUGUGGUCCCUGGCGCUUUCGUAUGGGUAGCUAAUCGCAUGCUUGUUUCUACGCACAGCACUUUCUCUCAACUUGCAGCUGAUAACCAGCAUGCGCCUCUCGGGCUACUCCUCCUCUCAGUUCUUGCUCGAACCAACACUAUACUCUCCCAACUUGUCCCUGACCACGACCACGACCCUCCAAUCUCGAGUAGUGCAAAGCCAAUGCCUUCGGAGCCAAGUAAACAUGAGACAUCCGAUUUAAGAGCGGACGACGCACCUAAUGCCGGAGUGGAUAUGGGCGUAGCCAUUUCGCGCGAAGAGCUUAUGUCAACCCAGAAGAAAACGAAACCAGUACCAGACUCCCGCUCGAAAGACCUCAAGCUGAAAGAAUACGAGACCAAAACGACACAUAUAGACACCAAGAGGAUUCCGUCCAAAAGUGACACCAUAGACAAACCAAGAAAGAAAACGAAGAGCAGUGAUGAAUUGUCUAGUCUCUUCGGCUCUCUUUCAUCGAAAAAUGGCGCUGCAAAUAAGCCCAAAAAGAAAAAGAAGAAAGGCGACGCAUUUUCCAGCCUCUUCGACUCUCUAUGA